AUGGGCUUUGAUACAAACACGCACAACCAGAAACUACCCGAGUACAACGCGCUUGCGGACCACAACCUUCGCCACUUUUUUGAAAACCAAAAGCUGCAGAGUCAUUUGCACGAAGUGGGCCUCAUUGACAAGACGGGGCGCGUCAUCGACCCGGACAAGCACAAGGCGAAGCUCUCGAUCAUUCAGCAAGAGUUCAAGCUCGCGGAAAAAGCAGAGCUCGCCAAGCAGCGCGAGGAAGACGAAAUCCGGCGUCGUGUCCAGCUCCGUCGCCACGCCGCCUUGAACGAAGCACGAAAAGAAGAAAAAAUCAUGAAGCUCAAAGAAGACCGCAAGCUCACGCGCCAGAUCGUCCAGGCCGCCAAAGACAGCGGCUCCGGCCCGCGCUCGGCCCUCUCCAAGUCGACCUCGUCACCGCUCUCGUCCAAAGCCUCCAACAACGACUCGUUCCGCUCGUAA